AUGAAGACAAGGAUACUGAAAGUCCCACCGGGCAAGGACUCAGGGAGUUUCACAUCACCAGACAGCCUUGACACCUGGGAAGUGUCGUCGGACCCGUCAGCGCAGGACACCAUCGAGCCCCUGCGCGAAGCAGCCGCCCUCCUACAGCAGAGCGACAUACCAGUCGCAUUCCCCACAGAAACAGUCUACGGCCUCGGCGCAGAUGCGACACGCAGCGGGGCCGUCAAGGGCAUCUACGCGGCCAAGGGCCGGCCGUCGGACAACCCGCUCAUCGUGCACGUCUGCGACUUCGACAUGCUCCGACGCCUGCUGCGACCAGCCAGCGGCGCCGCGAACGGCACAAACGGCACAGCCACCACCAACGGUCACCUCGGGGAGCAGGGCCAGGACCCCAUACCACCAAUCUACAGGGCCCUCCUGCGCAGGUUCUGGCCGGGGCCGCUGACGGUGCUGCUCCCCAACCCGGCGGGCUCGGCGCUCGCGCCUGAGGUGACGGCGGGCCUGCCGACGUUCGGGGCGCGCAUGCCUGCUUCGGCGCUCGCGAGGACACUGAUACGGCUCGCGGGCGCGCCGCUCGCCGCGCCCUCCGCCAACGCCAGCACCAAGCCCAGCCCCACGGCGGCGCGGCACGUGGCGGACGACCUGGAGGGCCGGGUGGAGCUGGUCCUGGACGGCGGGGCGUGCGGCGUCGGCGUCGAGAGCACGGUCGUCGACGGGCUCUGCUCGCCGCCCGUCGUGCUGCGGCCGGGAGGGGUGAGCCUGGAGGAGCUGAGGUCUGUCGAGGGGUGGGAGGGCGUCGUCAAGGGGUACAAGGACGCCAGCGAGGUUGGGGAGAACGGGGUUGGGCCCCGGGCGCCGGGGAUGAAGUACAAGCAUUACAGUCCCCGGGCGAGGGUGGUGCUGUUUGAGGCCCGGACGGGGGCGCGGGGCGAGGAUGUCCUGCGGGAGUUGGGGAGAGUUGAGGGGCCUAGGGAUGUGGUGGGUGUUGUCCGCACGCACCGGUGGAAGAGGUUGCCGGGGCACGAGGUCGGGUCAGAAGAAGGGGAUACGGAUGGCGAGGCGGAUCUGAGCUACGAGAUACACACUUCUGUCAUCGACGGCUCACGGGUGCUGGAUAUCGGCCUUGGACAGGACAGCAGGACGGUCGCACAGUGUCUGUUCUCGGCGCUGAGGGAGCUGGAUAGAAAAGGAGCGGACGUCAUAUUCAUCGAGGGCAUCGAGGAUAAAGACGACAUCGCGGCAGCAGUCAUGAACCGCCUGCGCAAGGCGGCCUCGGAGAUUAGAGCUUAG